AUGACUCAGGCAAUACGAUUGUUAUCCAAAGGGCCGUUUCCUGCGGAUCCUCAUGCGGCAGCCGCUGAGCGGCAACGCUGGAGCUUACAGAACGUCUGCGUUGAUCCGUUUUCGGAUCUCCCUACUGCAUAUACCACUACCUGCGAUGACUCCUUCCUGGCUCCCUCAGCGUACGCUUGCAACUCAUACUCGUGGAUACACAUCUUUCCGGAGGGAAAGAUCCACCAGUCGCCUCAGAAGAUUAUGCGCUAUUUCAAAUGGGGAGUCUCCAGGCUCAUUCUCGAACCGGAAGAAUGUCCUGACGUUGUGCCCAUCUGGCUAGAAGGCACGGACGAGGUCAUGCACGAAAGCCGUGGGUUCCCACGAUUCCUCCCGCGACCUUUCAAAAAGAUCAGUGUCACCUUUGGAGAAAAGGCAGACACGGAGGCCGUCUUUGGAGAUCUGAGACGGCGCUGGCAGGAAUUAAAGGCGAAGGCUGUAGCAGCCAAUCCCUCCUUGGCCGACGCUCCGCCUGGGGUGUUGAGUGAGGAUCUGAUGUAUGGGCAGGAAGCAGUUGAACUGCGAAAAGAAUGCACGAGGAAAGUCCGAGAUUUGGUCCUCGAGGUUAGGCGGUCCAGAGGACUGCCAGAUGAAGACCCCAAGGCCAGUCUAGUGGAUACCUGGAUCCAAGAAGGGCCGAAGAAAGAAGGGCAUAUGAAAGACGAGUCCUGGAAUCCUCCGAUACAUUGGACAUCUGGUGGCGGGGCUCUUGAUAAGCUCGCCUUAUCCGUCGUUGGCUUCCGCCUGGACACCUUCAAGUUGGCAACACACUGCGUCUCACCUAUUUCCAACGCCCUCCCUCAGUUCUCUAUGCCCAAAAAGCACAAUAAAUACCCGUCAGUCAAACCAGUCAAUACUGUCCAUCCGUCAUUAAUAAGCUCGUCUAGCGAUCGUCAUCGCCAUGGUGGUUCAGGUUCGCGUUCGGGCUCAUCGGCCUCUCAAGAACGCUCAGUCAACGACCUCAUCCAACAUCUCCGUCGCACUCAGGUGUCCAGAUCUGCAAAUGGAGAAGGAUCCAUGAGCUCUUCUAGUGUUUUCGUGCCAAAGACCGUCCAUCCAUCGAUCAGAAAUCUGCUUGAGCUUCCAGAGACACUCUCGCCACGGCCCCGCGCCAAUGCUCGCUCUGCAAUCGGGCGACGAUUGCGAAGGACACCGGGCCCGCUUCCCCCAUCGAGCUGGCUCGCAGGCAGUUCUUCCGAUUCAGAGAGGAAAGCUGAACAAGAAGGAAUUGCUGUAGACAGCGGGCGAGUGCUGUAUCGUCUGGAGCGUCUCCCGGGUGUCACGUUCCCAUCGAAGCGCAGCCUCCAACAUACUGUCUUGAUGUCCAUGGCACGAAAUUGGACUUGGCACCUGGACUAUGAUGGGACAUUCCUGGCGGAACUUCCAAAUCGUAUGAAGAUGCUUCUAUUGAGUUAUAUUGCGGUGUACUCGAGAGAUCUUCCCUUGAGGACGCGCAUGCAGGGGCUUCAUCCUCUUUUCACAAAGCUAACUGAGAGUGAGGAUCUGGCUACAGAGCCAGAGAUCACGCGACUGGAUCUGAGUGGAGCGAUAGGGCAGUGGAUUAGUUUAAAGCAGUUGAAUAAUGAACUGGUUAUCUCCCGUCAACACGAGGCGCCGAGAACACGCAAACUCGAGGAAGUCGUCCCGUCGUCCUGGGACGCCGAAUCUGACUCUGAAUCUUCUACUACACCGUCACUCCUAUUAAAGUCUCCCACCCAGACCUUACGUUUCGAGAACCUGAGGUUCUUGUCCCUGGCGCAUCCUGAUCCGGCCAGCGCCAGUUGGAGUUCCCUCCUUAACCUUCUCUCCCACAUUUCCACCCUCACGCACCUUUCUCUGGCCCAUUGGCCCGUUCCAACGCUUGCCCCGAAAUCGAUCACCGCUCGAACACGCUUGUCCCUUGUUUCUGCUUCUGGGGUCCUGCGAAAGCUGUCGAGAGCGACCUACUGCUUGAAAUGGCUGGACUUGGAAGGGUGCGGAGAAUGGUUCGAUGCCUUGUGUUGGGACGGGAUCGGUGAAGACGGGGAAGUCUACAACUCUCCUGGGCCUGAAUGGACGGGGUCGUGGAGAGAUGUUGAGUGGGUUGGACUGGGGCCAGGUUGGCUGCCGGAGAAGUCUUCGUUUGAUGACGAGAGCACAGGGUUUCCUGUCUCUUCCCUUGAGAACGGGAACGCCAGACCGCUCGCCGCAUCUAUCCAUGCACCAGCCACUGGUGACAACCGAGCAUCCUUCUCCGACCCGGCUCUCGCCCGGGAUGUGGAAGCCGAACAGACCAAAUACAGACAAGCCAAAGAGAUGGAAGCAUACGAGAACGUGGUACGGAAGGCCCGAGAGGUCGAGAAACACGUCCACUGCCUCCGCAAAGAAAGCGGCGGGAAAUGGGUUCAUUUCUCCUUUGGCGGAGACAGCGAGGAGGGGAGGACCCUCCUUGAUCGCACGAUGAAGCGUAUUGAUAGAGCGGUAGAUACGUAG